GCACUGUUAGUAAUUGUGGUCUCAUUGGCCAAAGAGCCUUUAUUGCUCUGACCAGAAUUAUAAGUAGUAACAAUAACAGCCUUGUUGGCCAGAAUCCAACUAAUACAACUGGGAAUACACCCCAGAAUUUAUCUAGUACAACUGGAAUUAUCAAUUAUGAUAUCAUUGAUCAUCAGAAUCAAACUAAUGCUAUGAGCUUGAAUUAUUUGAAUAAUGACAAUAAUUAUUUUAAUCAUCAUUAUCAACAACAUUUCAAUAAUAUGACCAGAGGCUAA